AUGGUAGGCGACUCGGGAGGCAGAGUACAUGACUCUCCAUCUACCCAGAGGACACCACUACAGCAACAGCAGCCACAGCCACAGCCACAGCCGCAAGGAUCGCCCUCGAACGCGAAUCUCGAGCGCAGACGCACGAACCCGCUGGGAGAACUAAUCGCCACAGAGACGCGGUAUGUGCAGGAGCUGAGUAUUGCUAUUCGCCGCAUCGCAGCUGCCUGGAAUCCAAAUAGACUGCCACCCAAGGAACUGGAUCUCAUGUUUCGUUCGCUCGAGGUUUUGUAUCGGACCAACAGUGAGUUCCUACGUUCGCUCCAAGAGAUCGGACCGAAUCCAGCAUCACCAAAAGGCUUGGGCAAUCUCCUCAUGCAUUGGGUCGACAAUCUUCAAGCCCCUUAUGCCAACUACUUGGCCGUAUAUAUGCCUCUUUUGGAUACAAGUCCUUCUAUUCUAAGUAACAAGGAUCUACAUCACGUUCUUGCACAAGUCAGCCGCGAACUGCCUCGCUCUGCAGGACCUGAUUCUGCAUGGACCUUGGACGCAUUUUUCGCUCUACCGAUCGAGCGUUUGCGAUUUUACAAGAAACUUUAUGGCCGUUUGUUACGGAACACACAGCCCGGCCGCUCCGAUCACACCAUGCUGCAGAGUGCGAAUCAAACGCUGAACGAGCUCAUCGAUACGGCCGUGCGGCGCCAAAGCAUCUCGCGGCCUGGUGCAGUGCUAACCCCUCUCGCAUUACCCAGGUCAACAGAACCUGUUGAACGCGUACUUUCGCCCCCCGUGUCACAUCCCGCUUCGUCGCGUGCUCAAGGGAGUCCUCCUAGUGCGCCCAUCGCACAACCCGCUCUUACAGCGACCACCACAACUGCAACACCGUCUGUGGUAACUGCACGGGGGGAAGCGCCGGGAGAAUUGACUGGACCCGUCGCGAAAUCGACGGCUAUGGAGCCAAAUACAUCCUCGGGCUCGUUACCAGUUCUUGGGCAAGCGCUCGUGCCUCCAAACGAUACACUAGCGCCCACAGCGACAGCCUCAAAGUACCCGCCGAGCAUAACUUCGUCACUAGAGUCACAGUCUCUUGAGGAAAUUCAAUCGCGCAUUGACUCGACAUGCACGAUCGACAUUUUUUCUAUGGAGCCUAAAAGCUGCCGACUCCAAAUGGCGCCGCCUGGGCUCACAUUUCAACGUAAGCUCCGUCUCACAGAUGGACUUCGGCUUGAAAUUGUACCGGCUAAUGGUCCUGUCCGUAUCAUUGAACGAGCACGACUCAUCCUGCUAACGGACCUAAUUCUCGUCGCCGAAGACAGAGCUUCUCAGACACUCCCAUCCGGUACUCAAGACAUCCGGUUGAUAUUCCCUCCAUUGUCUGGCCGUUUUGUCGAUACGCAUGACGACAAGCGUCCGCAAGAUCCAUCGAUUCGUCUUUCAAUCAUGAACCGAGUGAACCUUAUUAUGCACCUGGGUCGGAUUGACCGCAAAGCGAUCUGGCUUCAUGAAUUGCGUGCAUGCAAGCUUUUCGGCGCAGACAAAAGUGCAUCCGAAGCGCCCAGGUUACCCGGUAACGCACCUGUACCUCCCAUGACCAAUGCGCUCGUAAGACCAUCAGCUGGAACACCGAAUGCGCCUGCCCCGCCGUUCGCAUCGCCGUCUCCGCUCACCAAUGAGGUUGGUGGUGGACGUCCACCACCUUUUGCGCCAAAUCAGUUGGGCAUCUACUCUCGUCCGCCUGCGCCGUUGGCGGGCCCGUUAAGUACACCCGUCGGCACAGGAAAAGGUCUUUCGUCUGGGACCACAGUCCCUGGAUCUGGUGCUGCACGACCGAUGUCUCCUGUAUCCUCUCCAGCGCCGCUCGCACCACCUGCUCUGGGGCCGAUACCAUCCUCUACCCCUGCCCCAGGGACAAGUCAUGCGAUCAUGUCCCCGUCAGGGGCUGCCUCUAUACGGACAAAUGCACCAAGGCCUGGGGGCAUGAAUCCAGCAGCGACUACUUCAGGACCGAAUGCGCCGUUUGCGUCUGGAGCACCUGCUCCACCCAUCAUGCCUGACGUUCAGUCACCCGUUCCGCUUGCUGACGAAGACUCUGGCUUGUCCUCGCCGCCACUAACGCCUGAGCCACCCACGCGAGCCAAUUCACUUGCUUCUCAUGAGUCGUUCCCGCGCAUUGGGCGCCGGGUUGAUUCUCCGGAACCUUUGGUUUCCCAGCGACUCGAAGACACACGCCCUGGUGUGCGGUCGCCCGUGGUGCAAGGUCCUGCUAUGUCAUUUGGCAGUGCCAGUGAACAUGCCUUAGGUGGCUUUCAGCGAACUGAUACGUCUUUGUUCAGCGCUGAUCGACGGCCAUCAAACGCACCGACUCCCAGCUUGCGUGGUAUGCGUUCCAUGACAUUGCCAACAACAGCCUCAAAUGCAAGCGCGCCUUCCAUCUCAAGCCCCAGUAGCCCUAGUCGGUCUGUGUCACAAUCACGUCUUCGCGAGGCGGCAGGUAGUGCCGUACUUCCAUCACAGAUGCUUCGCGAAAAGCCACAACGGCGCUCAAGCGAAUGGAUACAUCAGCAUGAUGAAGAAGACAAGGCGGCCGAUGCGGAUGCGUUACAAUUCUCCAAAUUCCACGAAGCACAGUCAUUCAACAUUUGCGCUCAGAUGCGCUGCAAAGUCUACUUGAAACAGAGUUAUGCACAGUGGCGUGCACUUGGAUCGGCGCGCCUACGCCUUUACCGACUACGCCCGUCCAACACAAAUCAGCUCGUGGUCGAGAAUGAAAAGAAAGUCAUGAUUUCAUCGAUUGUCUUGCCUAUGGCUGUCCAGCGAUUCGGUAAAACGGGUCUCGCUAUUGAACUUUCAGAUAUGGGCCGUCUUACUGGUGUCGUCUACAUGUUUCACAUGCGCAGCGAAGAGUCUGCGAAUGGACUGUAUGAGCAGCUGUUGAGCGGCUCGUCGCGAUCAGCGCUGUCAAGCCCACAGUCUACAUGA